AUUAAUAUGGCUGACUUGACAACUUUGAGAAGUCAAAUCAACCAAUGGACCCUAGAUCAAGAUAAUAAAGUAUGAAUAAUGAAAUACCCUAACUUACUUUAGACCUUCGUUAAAUUAGAUCAAAUGAGUACCAAUCUCCUUACAAAAUUUGGAGCUGUGUCAUCCGAUAUCCGAUCAGUUUAACAUUCAGCUAACUCUAUCCAUGCUCAAAUUAAUCAAGCCUUCAAUAAAUUUCUAACUUUGAGUGAUAGUCGUUUUACUGAAUAAGUAUUUUGUUUUAUAGAUCAUCAAAGAGAAUGGCCCCUCCAUAAGAAGCCCCUCCAAAGGCUGCACCUUCAUAAAACAAAGAUGAUGGACUCACUACAGCUCAAAAGUACACAAAAGCUUUAGGCAUGGCAUUAUAAUCACUUGAUUUACAAUAGAUGGCAUAAGAUGGUAUAAAAAUUCUUAAAUUCCCUAGAUGACAUAUUUGAUGACAGAGAUGAUAAAUCAAUCUCUGUCUUCUCUGCAGCUACUACUAGUGGUACUGUGAGUAAGUCUGUUAAAUUGCCUGCCAUGUUUGGCACACCCUAAUUCAACAACAACAAAUUUAUUGGUAAUACUCUAUACAAUACUUAGGUCUUUUUGAUGACUUUGAUGAAGCUCCUAUCUAAGAGCCAGUACGUCAAUCUGCCCCUGCACCAAUAUAUAGAUAAUCUGAAGCACAACCUUAAUAACAAUCUUUCAAUAAUUAAUAGUCUUAAUUGAUUCCACCAUAAAAUCAGUAGCAAAUUAGAUCAUCUAUCAGAUAAGAUUAAUCUUAAAUCUCAUAUACUGGAGACAAUAAUUAAUUUAUUACACGAACAAAUUCUGCUCUAGGAAAUUCAAUGAUGGAUUAAUAAUUCGGGUUUACAAACCCUCAAUAAAAGGCAGAAUUUAAUUUAGCCUUUGCACCACCAUAUCAAUAACCACAAUAACCAGGAGUACAACCACAACCUCCUCUUCAAACUGCUUCACAAACACAGAGACCAACAGUAGUUGAUCCUCCUCCACCUCCACCUCCACCACCUCCUACCUAAUAACCUUAUUACUAAUAACCAUCAAUAUAAUAGCCAAUAUUAUAAUAACCACCUCCUUAAACUCUUUAAGAUUAGCUAAAUUCAAUAAUUUAAAAAAAGAGAGAAGAAAAUCAACCCUAUUAAUAACCAAUUUAGUAAUAAUAACCAUACUAAUCUUAAUAGGAAUAACCACCUGAAUAAAGAAAUUCAUAAUAACCAGUAAAAGUAUUUUAACCACCAAAUGUAAUUGGAGCACCUACUUAUGCAAGAGAAAAAGAUAAAAUAAUGAGUUUGUUUGAUGAAGAUGAUGAUGAUGAUAAUGAUGGUGGGUUAUUUAAAUCUACAACUACAAAUAAAAACAAAUUCAAUAACCUACUAACUGAUGGAGUUGCAAAAUAAGAAUAAAAUUAGAAACCAGUAGCUGUUGUUAUAAAGGAGGAAGAAGAUCAAGAUUUUAGUGUAUAGCCUAGAAUAUCAAGUACUAAGCCUGCUCCUAAAAAAUAGUUAUUUGAUGAAACAGAAGAAGAGACUCUUUAAAAAGCAAAUGCAGAUAAAAUUGCUGCUAUGUAUGCUUAAUAAUAAUAAUAAUAAUAAUAAUAAUAAUAAUAAUAAUAAUAAUAAUAAUAAUAAUAAUAAUAAUAAUAAUAAUAAUAAUAAUAAUAAUAAUAAUAAUAAUAAUAAUAAUAAUAAUAAUAAUAAUAAUAAUAAUAAUAAUAAUAAUAAUAAUAAUAAUAAUAAUAAUAAUAAUAAUAAUAAUAAUAAUAAUAAUAAUAAUAAUAAUAAUAAUAAUAAUAAUAAUAAUAAUAAUAAUAAUAAUAAUAAUAAUAAUAAUAAUAAUAAUAAUAAUAAUAAUAAUAAUAAUAAUAAUAAUAAUAAUAAUAAUAAUAAUAAUAAUAAUAAUAAUAAUAAUAAUAAUAAUAAUAAUAAUAAUAAUAAUAAUAAUAAUAAUAAUAAUAAUAAUAAUAAUAAUAAUAAUAAUAAUAAUAAUAAUAAUAAUAAUAAUAAUAAUAAUAAUAAUAAUAAUAAUAAUAAUAAUAAUAAUAAUAAUAAUAAUAAUAAUAAUAAUAAUAAUAAUAAUAAUAAUAAUAAUAAUAAUAAUAAUAAUAAUAAUAAUAAUAAUAAUAAUAAUAAUAAUAAUAAUAAUAAUAAUAAUAAUAAUAAUAAUAAUAAUAAUAAUAAUAAUAAUAAUAAUAAUAAUAAUAAUAAUAAUAAUAAUAAUAAUAAUAAUAAUAAUAAUAAUAAUAAUAAUAAUAAUAAUAAUAAUAAUAAUAAUAAUAAUAAUAAUAAUAAUAAUAAUAAUAAUAAUAAUAAUAAUAAUAAUAAUAAUAAUAAUAAUAAUAAUAAUAAUAAUAAUAAUAACCAAAAUAAUAAGUACCUCCUCCUAAAUUAACUACUUAAAGAAAUGCUUUUGAAGAUUCAGAUGAUGAAAAAAAGAAAUAGCCUCAAAUUCCCGUAAAACCAACUGAAUAAUUAACUGUACCCACUGAAGAACCAUCAGUUAGACCUUCUAUUUAAUAAUUACAAAAUAAAUUGAAUUUGAAUAUGUUUAUGAAGCCUCCUGGAGAAUAAGUCACAAUGAAAGACAUUAAAAAAAAUGAAAGAGAAAAUGAAUCUGAAUUUGUGGAAUAAUAAGCAGAAAGACCAAUUGUUUAAAAAAAGAAAGCUAGAGGAAGACAAGCAAUUGAUUUUGAUGAUGAUGAUUCUAAUAAGAAAUCAGCUAAACCAACAUUUGUUAUAAAGGAGAAAACUUAAUAAACUUAAAAGGCUGAAGUAGUAAUCGAUAGAACAUCAUUUAGAGAAUCAAUUAAAUUUAAUAAAUAAGGAGAUUUUGAAGUCCCAGUAACUUUGGAAGUGAAAACUGAAAAAAAAGAUAUUCAGGUGACUAUUACUCAACAAUAACUACCAAGUAUAACUUAGAAUAAACCAACUUAAUAAGAUCCAUUAACAAAAAAGAAUAUAGGAUAAGAAUUUGAAUAAAAGUAAUUCAUAUUCUUAUAUGAUUUAGAGGUUUACCAAAUUUUUAUAAUGAUCCACUUUCGGGAGGAGGAAAGAAAUAAUAAUAAUAACCAGCUUCGAUAAGUAAUCUUCCUAGUUUUGGAGGUAAAUAUUGAUUUUAUAUAUAAUAGGUAAAUCUAAUACAUAGACCACAACUGUUUAAGUAGCAAUCACUCCUACAAUUGCUAAACCAUAAAGAAAGAAUAUGUUUAGUGAUGAAGAAGAAGAUUUAGCUCCUAAAUUACCUAUGCCAGGCUAAAGAGUUGAGUAAGAUUCAAUUAUUAUAGUUGACCUCCUAAACCUGCUGUUUAAUUAUAAUAAUAAAUUGCCCCUCCUUAAUAGAAACCAUCAAUAAAGAAAAAUAUGUUUGAUGAUGACUCAGAUGAAGAUCUGAAACCACCUUCAAGAGCUACUGUUUAGUAGUAACCAGUUAAACCACCUGAGCCAGUUAAAAAACCUGAAGCUUCUAAACCUACACCUGCUUAAUAAAGGAAUUAAAGAAUGCAAAGAGCAUUAUUUGAAGAUUCUGAUUGAUAUGAUUGAUUGCAUUUAAAUAUAUAUAUAAUUAUAC